AUGGACCAUGCGACCAUGACCACAGCGUUCCCUAUCGCCAACUCGGUUCAAUCUCCGGAGCUAGUACAGGCAACUAGUCCAAAGGCAGAUGCAUCAAUAAAUGCACCUUCGAAACUGCCCGAGAUAACGCUUAAUGACGCAGAAGUACCAGCUAAAGUGCCCGAUAUGACACUCGAGACACUACAAGAGGCGAUGGAGUUCCCCAUAUCACCACUAACAGGCGAUUCAUCAAUUAAGUCAUCUAAGGAGAAACGAAAGAACCUUACAGAUCAACAGCGUGUGGUCAUCGUUCAUUAUCUAUUAGCAAACAGUGCCGGCGGACGCUUAAAGCAUGGGGAUAUGAAAGCUGCAGCCACUUUCUUUGGAGUGCAUCGCGCAACCAUUCGACGUCUAUGGAAGUUGCACUCAGCUUCUGAUACGAUGGAUGGACUUGCUGGUAACGUUGCUAGUCGGAUUAAAGGCCAUUCGGGGCGAAAACCAAAGGUACCAGAUGAAGAGCUAAAGGCUCGGAUUGCAGCCGUACCAGCAGAGCGCCGAAUGACAGGAAGGGGACUCUCAACCGCUUUGGGAGUUAGCAAUAGCGUCAUUGUGCGACUAAUCAAAAGUGGCAAGCUGCGUCGUCACCCUAAGAAGCUCCACUACAUUAUGUGA